AUGACAACAGCUUUAGAUUUCAAUGACACAAGUUUCAAUAAAUAAAAAAUGUCAACGACAAAUUUUCAAAUUUACAAAUUUUAUGAAAGGGUCAGAUAUAGAGAACUAUUAUGUAAGAAAAUUAAAAGAUUCAAAAAGGUUUGUUGUAUUUUAUAAUAAGUUUUAGUUUCAGUUAUAGUGUCAAGAAAAGAUUGGGAUAAAAUUUUAUUUUAUUUGCAGCCAAUUUAUCUCAUGCAUCACAUUUUAUUUUCUGUUUUCUGCCUUUAUUGCAAUAUAACUUAUGCAUUUAGAAAUACACAUUGAUUUUAGAUUUAUUAAUUAAAAAUAUAAAUGGUAAAUCACAUAAGAUACUUAUUUUAGUUCUUUCUAAGAGAAUAAAAAACAAACCAUUCUAAUUUAAUGUUAAGCAACAAAUUGUUUGUUUUAUAAAAAACUAGUGUCUAGCUAUCGCAUAUAUAAAUUAAUAAGUCAGCAUGAAAUGUUGGAGUUCCUGCACUUCAAAAAAUAUAAUCUAGGAUAUUACAUGAAAAUCAUUUAAUUUAUAUCUGAACCCAGAUUUAUUCUUUCGCAAGAGAGUUUCUUAAUCCUUUUUUGA